GGAACAAACUUUCCAAAGUAAUUAUGUUUAAUAAAUUAGUAAAAAUUCUGCGAACAUUGUAUUAAAAUAAAUGUUAAAAGAACCAAUAUCAAUUUUUUUGAUAGCAUAAUACUUGAGCCAACAUUGAUCUUUUGGGGAAUAAGGUCUGGAAAGCUACCCAAACUCAAGCCUUUUUUUUUUUUCAGAACCUAUUAGGGCUGAGCCCCAAAGCUAGAUUUCCUUAAAAACUUUAAUUUUUUAAGCCCGAAUUCUUAUUUAAAUAGAAUUUCUAAGCUUAACUCUUAUUCCCGACUCUAUCCAUGGAAGGUCCUGACUAACAAGAGGCUAAGUGAAGUGUAGUAUACUAAAGCCACCAUAGACGUUAGCUCUUGACGGAGUGGCAUUGUAACAAAUCCUACAUCGGGUUGGGGAGACUCACAAAUUGAGUGUAGUUUAUAAAUUCAAGUAUUUCUUCCACUCAACAUACUAGUAUUUUGAGAUGAGUUUCUUUUUUGAGCUCGUGCUCCUUACAAACUUCUACUAAAAAUACAUUUAGCAAUCUCUCCUCUGUUUCACGGGAGACAAAUAAAUCACUUCAUUGAUUGUUUUCAAUUAUUUGUUGAAACUGAAUCGCCUUUCACCAUUGACCCAUCAUUUUUAAUGCAUCUUAUAAUACAUUUGUAUAUAGGAGAGUUUAAGUGCUAUUUUACCCAUUAUAGCUGGUUCAAACCAAGAAUGAUGCUUUUCAUCUUAAAACAGACGGCAAGAUGCAAUUGUGAGGUAACACCCACAAGUUCCUUGGACGUCAAAGGUAGGAUCCGAGAAUCAAGUUGUUGUAACUUUAAAACAUCCAGAGGGUUGCUAAAAGUACUUAACCGUAUCCAGAGCAUCAAAGAACAACAUGCAUCAAAUAUAUCUGUUGUGAAUGACCUGAAAGUGGAACUAGAUCUUUCUCGUGCACAGAUCAAAGAAUUAAAACGAGAGAAGCAAAUGAAUAUUUGGCAAAUAAAGAGCUUAACGAAGCAAACGGCAGAGAAGAAGUUUGUCAGGAGGAACAAUGCAAAUGACAGACUUAAAAUCGCAGUUCAAUCAGUCGAGGAAGAGCUAGAAGGUGAGACGAGAUCAAGGAGGCAUUCCGAAAGCCUGCAUUGUAGGCUGGCUCUGGAGCUUUCUGAAGUGAAGUCCUUGUUUUAUGGUUCUUUGAGAGCGCUUGAAAGGGAGAGGAAAGCUCGGAUCUUGCUUGAGAAUUUGUGUGACGAGUUUGCAAUAGGAAUAAAAGACUACAAACAAGAGAUGAAGGAAGCCAAAUCUGGUGAUGAUCUCGUGGAGAUAAAUUCAGUUGUUGACAAGUUAGGUUUUGACAUUGAAACAUUUCUUAGAGCAAAGGGAUCCGUUAAUCUGAGAAAAUAUGGUAACUCCUACCCAGAGGAGCUCGUCAGAGAAGUUUAUCCCUGUCAGUAUUAUUCAUUGGAUUCAUUUCCCCUAAAGGAUCAAUCUAUCGGUGCACCUGUAAAUGUGCAUGACGAUGAUAAUGCUAAAAAUUUUGGAUCAGCUUCGGGUGAAGGAUAUGGCAACAUCAGGUCCAUAGAUCAAGAAAAGAAAGGAGGCCAAAUUUCAACGAGAAAGCAAGUUCAAACAAAACAAAUCAAAUCAAGCUUAUCUCAUGAUGAAAAUCAGCGUAGGUUUGUAGAGAGGAAUUCAAGUGACAGAACAUCUUUAAUCAAUGAGACUGAGGUAUCAACUGUUUGGGAGGAACCAGCACAAGUUGCACAAGAAAGUGAUGGGCCCUUGAUCAGGAGAUUGAACUCGAGUGACAGAAAAAGUUUCUUGCCUACAGGAGGUGAAAAUAUUUGCAGGGGAGCUCAUUGUGUUCAUUCUGUAGUUAGAAGCAACGUUAGUCCUGUGAAACGACAGAGGAAAUUACAAUUUUCUAAGGUGAUGGGCCAAUCACAAGAAGGCACAUUGAUGGCAAAACUACUUGAAGCAAGGUCAGAUGUACGGAAGUCUGGUUCUGAGGCAAGCACAAGCUGUUUGGGAUGAACCAGAGAAGCUUCUGCUUAGAAAACUGGAAUCGGUAUGGGUUUCAUGCUAUGUAUUUCAUGAACAGGGAUAGUAAAUAUCACUCUACUUUCUAAAGUUGUGACCUUUUUUUCCCCCUUCCCUCUGUGCAUUAGAAUCUUGCUGUUUAGUUGGCUAGACAUGCAUGCAUGAAGGUCCAACAGAGUGGUGUCAAUUCUACAUGAAAGAUAUAUAUUUUGACGCUACGACCAAUUUGCCAUGGGAAAUCGAUUUAAAAUUUUUGCGCUCACAU